AUGAAUUGCUGGAAGCCGGGCCUUGGGCGCUGUCAGAUUCUAUAGACAGUCACAAUGGGAAGCAAAGGAGGAUUUGUCUUGCUCGGGCUCCUGCUCAUCCUGUUUGCCCUCUACCAUUCAAGUCAUGGCCUGGAGUGUUAUAGCUGUCUUAACCCACUCAAAAACUGCACUGCAGCCAUCAAUUGUUCACGAAAUUUGGAUGCGUGUCUCUACGUCAAAGCCGAAGAGCGAACGUAUUACCAGUGCUGGAAGUUUGACAAUUGCAAUUUCGAAUACAUUUCAAAGGCCUUAGGGGAGAACAAACUAGAGUACGACUGCUGCCAGAAGAACCUGUGUAACAGAAAUGAUGGGGCGCGUGCAUCAGGGGAAACGUUUCUGCUGCUGACUCAGCUGCUUGCAGCAUUCUGGAAGUUCUUUCUCUAAAUCAGUACCCGGAGAGCUUCUCAACUCCCUAUUUCUGUGUAUCCCUUACGUCCGUCCUUUACUGCUGUGUUCCAAAAGCUUUGUAUGUUCCAACUGGAUCCUGAUGGGAAAGAUUAAAACUAGCUUGAGCAACAUGGAUAAGAGAGAUACUCAAGAAACUCCGAAGACCAGUCCUGUUUGCAGAGCAGGCCCGUUUGAGAAAAGAAGUUUAAGAAUGAAGGAAAUGACAUGUGAUUGGAGCUAGGUUACAUGCUUCUUCCUCUGCUCUUUGCAGUGACAGCUUGACUAACUUCUCUGAAAUCCUGUUAUUUCCUAUCUUGCUUCUUGCAUGUAGUUAAAUAGUAUAAUCGAUACUUUUGGAAGACUGGGACAAGGGGGGUUCUUUUCAACAGUCUCUCACAGGGAAUGCUUUAAUGCAGUUUGGGACCUCCAGAUGUCAUCAUAAACAGAAACAGGUAUGCAGGGAAGUGUUUUAUGUGCUGACAUCAAUCCUCUCGAGUCCUAGCGGACUUAGAACAGAUUGUGUAAAAUAUCUUUAUAAGAUCUGUUUGCAUAAUCGCAGAUGUUGGGGCUUUCAGAACCUCAGCCGGUUUCCUGAAAAGUGAUACACCUUUUCAGAAGGAUAAAGUUUUGCCUUUUUCUUGUAGGUGCUAGUGAAUAAGUCUCAAGAUCCUGUAGACUUAAUGACAUUUGUAUUCUUAUACUUGGCAGUAUUUAACAGAAUAGCCUGACUUCUGCAGAUGAAAGUGGGAUUUCUUAAUUAACAUUUAAAAAAAAAAAAAAAAGCCCUUGAUUAUGUAAUCUGUCAGACAAACUGAAAUGAAUGAUGCCUUUCUGAAAAUAAAAUCCAAUCAAAUGCUAGAGUGUGGUCGUUAGCCAAAGAGGAUAAUGGCAUAUGCAGCAUGCCCCGUGACAGGAAAGAACUUGAGCAGUACCAGUUUUCUUCUGUUGAUGCUGUAGACAAAUAAAGACUUUCUCAUCCAAACCUA